GCGUCUCUUCUCUUCCCCCCGCCCCCAUCCGUAUCCCAGCGCCCCGUGACCGUUCCAUUUCCACGCUCCUCCUCUUCUCCCCAUUCGCCUUCGGUCGGCUCAGCCUUGCUCCGGAUUGCAGCGCGGCGGCACACUUCCUUCCUACCAGCAUACCCCAAGCACCCGAGAUGGCAACUACAUUCGCGGCACCAAUUCUCUGCAACUUGAGAACGAACCCACGCCUGAACCACAGCACCAGACAACAGCCACGGCACUUGCACCUGAGCUCGGCGAGAAUGGCGCCAACGCUGACAGGCUCAAGAGCACGGAGCGACUUCCGCGCGGCGGCCGUGUACAAGGUGAAGCUGAUCGGGCCGGAGGGGAAGGAGAGCGUGAUCGAGGUGGCGGAGGACAGCUACAUCCUGGACGCGGCGGAGGAGGCCGGCGUGGAGCUGCCCUACUCGUGCCGCGCCGGCGCGUGCUCCACCUGCGCCGGCAAGGUCCUGGAGGGCGGCGUGGACCAGUCGGACCAGUCAUUCCUCGACGACGCGCAGGUCGGCGCCGGCUACGCGCUCACCUGCGUCGCUUACCCCACCUCCGACCUCGUCAUCCAGACGCACAAGGAGUCCGACCUCUACUAGCAUGUAGCAGCAGCACUAGUUUCAUUCAAUCUUUGACACUCUGUCUGAUCUGAUCUGCCUGCAUAUGUAGCUGUCGCCUGAAUCUUAGCUAAAUUUUAUUCUCACUUCGUCGCCGUCAACUUUAACCUGA